CUAUCUAAUACCGAUACGCCGGGAAAAUGGCAUCGGUACCACCACUAGGACAAAUUGCUGGGAGCCACAUUGGUGUAUACGAAGCUUACUACAAACAGGCUGAUCCAAACAACACGGGGAGUAUAGGAGCUCUAGAUGCUGCCAGCUUCCUCAAAAAGUCCUCUCUCCCAGACACUGUACUCUCGAAGAUAUGGGAUCUCUCUGACCCCUCAGGAAAGGGAUACCUGGAAAAGACAGGGUUUUAUGUGGCCCUGAAGUUGGUAGCCCUGGAGCAGAACAAGAUAGAGCUCAGCAUAUCUAAACUGACGGAAAUGACGCCAGCACCAAAUCUGGGACCAGUGGAGACCCGUACUGAAUCUCCCCUGACCACCACCUCUUCCUCCGUGACAGCUCAUGUCUCUAACGUGCCGUGGUGCAUCACUGAUGCUGAAAAGGCCAAGUAUGAACCAGUUUAUAAAAGCCUGAACCCAGUGAACAAUCUACUGUCUGGUGAUAAAGUUAAACCAAUGCUGAUCAACUCUAAACUUCCUAUAGAGGUUCUGGGUAAAAUCUGGGACCUCAGUGAUAUUGACAAAGACGGCUUUCUGGACAAAGAUGAGUUCUUUGUG